CCUCUUAGCAGCUCCAAACCCUUGUCCCAAUUCCCAAACCCCAGCAUUAAUGUCCAUGGAGAUCCCCAGGCCGCUCCCCCCUGCCAUCACCCCUCCCAUGGCUCCCCACCCCGUCCACCCGCCCAUCGCUCCGAUCCCCAUCCCCGUCACACCCUCCACAUCCGCCGCUGCCGACGAUGACGAGGUCGACUACGAGGUCUCCGACGACCACCGCGCCGCGCGGGAGCGCCACGAGCGCGCCGUACAGGAGCUACUGCAGCGCCGACGCGCCUACGCCAUGGCCGUGCCCACCAACGACUCCGCCGUGCGCGCGCGCCUCCGCCGUCUCGGCGAGCCCAUCACGCUCUUCGGCGAGCGCGAGAUGGAGCGCCGCGACCGCCUACGCGCACUCAUGGUCCGCCUCGAGGCCGACGGCCAGUUCGACCGCCUCCUCCGCGCGCAGGAGGACGAGCAGGGAGCCCCGGGCGACGACGACGACAUGGAGCAGAUCCAGUACCCUUUCUUCACCGAGGGGACCAACCAACUGCUUCAGGCGCGCGUUGAUAUAGCUAUGUACUCGCUGCCCCGCGCUAAGGCCAGGGUCGACAGUGCCAAACGCCGCCUGGCUGGCCCCGACGAGGACCCCGAGGCAGAGGCCGCCCUUGUUGUCAAGCAGGCGGGGGACUUCGUGCUUGAGUGCAGCGAGAUUGGAGAUGACCGCCCGCUCACCGGUUGCUCCUUCUCCCGCGAUGCCUCAAUGCUCGCCACAAGCUCCUGGAGCGGGAUCAUCAAAGUAUGGAGCAUGCCACAGAUAACUAAAAUUGCAACCCUGAAAGGUCAUACAGAACGUGCAACUGAUGUUGCCUUCUCUCCAGUUGAUAACUGCUUAGCGACAGCCUCAGCUGAUAAAACUGCCAAAUUAUGGAACAGAGAUGGGUCACUCCUAAUGUCUUUUGAUGGUCACCUGGACCGUCUUGCUCGCGUUGCUUUUCAUCCAUCUGGAAAGUACCUUGGUACAGCUAGCUUUGACAAGACCUGGAGAUUGUGGGACAUCAAUACUGGAACUGAACUUCUACUCCAAGAGGGACAUAGCAGAAGUGUAUAUGGUGUUAGCUUUCAUCCAGAUGGUUCUUUAGCUGCAUCUUGUGGGCUUGAUGCGAAUGCUCGAGUUUGGGAUCUAAGGUCAGGAAGAUUGUACUGUACCCUCAUUGGACAUGUGAAACCUGUCCUAGGAGUCAGCUUCUCCCCUAAUGGUCAUCUAGUUGCAACUGCAAGUGAAGACAAUUUCUGUCGAAUAUGGGAUUUGAGGACCAGACAAAUGGUAUACUCUAUACCGGCACAUAAGAGUCUCAUCUCGCACGUGAAAUUUGAACCCCAGGAGGGUUAUUAUUUAGCGACAUCUUCCUAUGACAGUAAAGCAGCGCUAUGGUCAACUCGGGAUUACAAACCAAUUAAAAGCUUGGCAGGCCAUGAGUCAAAGGUUACUAGUCUGGAUAUUAGUGGAGAUGGACAACACAUUGUGACUGUUUCACAUGAUAGAACUAUAAAGAUCUGGUCAUGCAGAGGCACAGCGCGGGAUAACGAGAUGGAGUUGGAUUAAGGCAUUGAUUCCACUUGCUGGAAACAGCUUGUGCUAGUUUUGUCCUUUCGCUGAUCUGUCGGUCCAAGCUCUUUACAUUCGAUGAUGCUAUUUUAUUGCGUCUAUAACCCUAACCCUUAUGCACAUUCUUAACAAAUGUACCUCAUAAGUACUCCCUCCGUCCCAUAAUGUAAGACGGUUUUUAACACUACACUAAUGUUAAAAAACGUCUUAUAUUAUGGGACGGAGGGAGUAUUUCUUAAGAUUUUGGACUUGAUAUAGUUCUUUAAAACAAAUGGGCUUUCUAGUAAAAACAUCAAGUUCUUCAGUUUGGAUGAAGUAUAUGGCGCAUCCAUGUAAUUUUCAUAUUUGUAAAAUGGUAUUAUUUUCAUGAUGUACGCUUGCUGCCAAUAGAAAUUGGAGUGCA